GUCACGUUGCACCUCAACGUGACUGAAGUCCAUGGGCUCGGUGCCAGAGGAAAACGUGAUGCAAACACUACACGAGAAUGUGUGUCACAUUUGCUGGAGAAGGGAAAUGGCCGCCAUUGCCAAGAUAUUUGACCUACUUCUAGCUGCGCUGAGGGAGAAGUGAGGCACUGGCGCGCAACAGAGUGCAGCAGCAACAGGUUGGAGCAGGAUCGCAGAGAGGGAAUCGGAGCUUUUUAGCAUCUUUAAAAAAGGGGAAAUGGCGUUUGCCUCUCCAUCAACAUCGACAGCAGAACCAGCAAUGGCGUCUGACUCGGAAAUGACAUGCCAGGGGGGCAUCGAGACUUUGAAUUUGAAGGUGGGGCCAGUGCGGAGGAACCUCUUCGGGCCCGUAGACCACCAGCAGCUGCAGAAGGACUUCGAGCGGCUGCUCUGCAUGAGCGUGGAGGUGGCCAACAAGCGCUGGAAUUUCGAUUUCCAGAGUGAGAGGCCGGGAGAGGGCUCCAACAUUGAGUGGGAGGAGCUUAGAUGCCAGGAUGUGCCCAUGUUUUACCGCAGCUGCACAGUUAGGCCGGCAGGGCUGCCACAGAGUAAAAAACAGAUUUCGUCUUCAUCAGGCGAGAGUUCCCCAAGGUCCAGCAGCCCAUCUGGGUCUGGGGAUGAGUACCUGGAGGUGACCACAAGGGGGUGCUACCGGCUCAAACGGAAUGGAAAACGCAGGCAGGCUGCCAUCACAGAUUUCUUCAGGGUGAAGAAGAGGAAGCUUCUGCAUUACAAAGCAUCGUCUCGGCAGUAGAGAAGCAGACUCAACGGCUGAUCACUUGGUGGUCGACAUCCUUCUUCACCUCACAUUGAUAUGUUUCAUAUCAUAUGUAUAUAUGUAGCAUUUUGUAACUGACUGUCCACAAGCUCAGAUGGGCUUAAAAACUCCACAUACCUUCAAUUCUCAGCACAAUGAAGCUACCAUUCCCCUCCUUAAUCAUGCUCAAGACCCUAGACACGGUUUUCGUUGAUAAUUACAAAUAUUCUAUAUUUUGUAUACUGUUUUCCUCAGCUUCUGACUAUACUGUGAAAUAAUUUUGAAUGCACUCUUAAUAACAGAAACAGGCUCUAGUUAUAAGAGGUUAAUUGUCAGCUGAAUGGGCCUUCAAUAGUAUUUGACCUCAUUCCUCGACCCGUUUUUCCUCCCUCUUGCUAAAAGUCAUAAGAGGUUUUGAUUAGAGGAGUUACUAUUCCUGGCUUCGUGUCACACUUUGCCUACAGACUCACCCCUGCGGCUCCGAGAGCACGAGUCGAGCCAGAGGUCAAAACCUCAGCCAGCGCUCGAAAAUUUGGCAACACGACUGUGAUUAGCUCCAGGUUAAAGGUCAACGGUGGAGGGUCAGCGGUUAAGUAAUUCAGUCAUUGUCAUACAAUGAGAGUAGAAAUGAUAAUGUUUCACAUCUGACUAUUUAUUUAUUAUCAACGAUGCUAGAUCGUUUUCAAAAAAAGAAAAAUUAAAGGAAAAAAUUACAAGCAAAGUGUAAAAUGAGGUAUUGAACCAACAUUUGUGGAAACCUUUGACUUAUGUGUUGGACUUUAAGUCAGUCACUUUUAAGUCAGUGCUCAUGUAGACUCCACCGUUGCCACUUAAAAUUUUGGCCCAUAAUUAUUUUAUACCAUCCCAACAAAGCAAGAAUCAUACAAACUAUAUUCCUUUUUUGCUUUGUAUUAUUUGCAUAAUGGGGCUGUAAAAACAUCUAUAUACUUUUUUGGCAACCAACCUUAUUUAGUGUUAGCUUUACGCUUGUACAAUGUAGCAUUUUCAGCUCUUUGCCUUCACAUGAUUUCCACCAUCCUUUUCUUCAUGAAGGUGUAGCGUUUUAUCACUGUGACGCAAGUCGGAGGGAUCGAAACUUUUGAUUCCAAUUUAUUUUUCCCUAUAAGAAGAGUUGAGCUGCUUAGCAUCUUCUGUCGCCACGCAGUUCUAUAAGUGUACAUAUGCAUAUAAGUGUUUGUGUGAAUGAGUUUGACUGGUGUUCAUUUUUAGGUGUCUCACAAGUUGUUGAAGUUGUGGCAGCUGAGGCAGUUGUACCAAAGAGGAAAUAGCUGUGCCAUUAAAUUAGAAACACAUCAUUUAUAACAAGUGGCUCACUGUUGAUAGGUCACAGAGGGAUUUGGUGACUCAAAUAGGACAUGCCUCCUCUUUUGUCCCUGCAGUCAUUCAAAUUUGUAUAUGAAUAUAAAGCCAUGCCCUAGAUUAAUCCACUCUUAACUACCUCAUCAAGUGAUUCAGUAAAACAAACAAGUUAUAGUCACGCAAAAUUUAAAACCAACAUAGCUCAGGUUGUUUAUGUCUACAGGCGAAAGAGAGACAGAGAGACCGACACAAAGGGGAGAGGGGGGUCUGAUUAUUGUGUUGUGGUAAAAGCUGUCGAGGUUUAGCACUCCGCGUUGAGUUUCACAUCAGGUAAAAGAGUCAGUGUGUCAGAGCGGGGCCCAGCUCCACGCAUAGGAAACUCGGCUCCCCUGAGGGGGGAGGGGGGAGACAACUUUUGUUGUUGCUCUCUGCCCUGCUCUGCUCUGACAGCUCUCCCAGAGACGGAGGAGCAGUAUUAGUGGGGGGAGGGACGAGGAAAACUUUAAUAGAAAACCAGAAAACGUCUCAAACCCCUUCUGGAUCAAAGGAUCUCAGCGGCCAGACAAGUGGCCCUCGAGUCAGACGUGCUUUUGUCUGCCUCCCUUUUAGAAGUCUACCAGUCUCUCUUUCAUGAAGCAGCCGCCUCAGUCUCUGCGAGAAAUUGGCAUGAAAGCAGUUGUUCAUGAUCAUGUUAUUCUUUCACGGCCAUAUUCCACAGCGCUAAAAAUAGCAAACACGGCUGUUUAGAAUCGUUUGAAUUUGUCAGGAUGACUUGUUUUGUUUGUCAACGUAUCUGUGUGUGUGAGUGAGAGCCAGUGUUUGUGUGCACCCAUCUUCUCAGUGCAUUUAAGAGGAAACUUUCAAAGUCUAUUAACUUAUUUUGAGUUUGUAUCAGUUGUUAAGUAGGGAAAUAAUUGUAAAUUCCUUUUUUUUUCUAUAACUAACUAAUUGUGUUAUUUCGGAAACUAUAUCUUUGCACUACUUUAAACAUUGACGAGAAUUAUUUUUUUAUGGUAAUCUUUAAAAGACAAAAAACAAAUACUUUCUCAGAAACUGGGGCACAGAUUAGGACUUUUCCGAACAUUGAUAAUAUAAUAAUAAUUUUAUUAUAUUACCCUUUUCCUCCAGUCAGAUCUGUCAUGCUGUUAGACACAGUGUAUAACAUAUAUUGUUAUUCUUCUUCACAUCCGUUUGGAGGAAAUAAAAUACAAUAAAAUUAAACUGGUAAAUGUCAAGAUUCAGCUGUUAGUCUCACUGGGCCCAGGCAAAUUUUGCUUACCUAAUUCACCUGUUGCAGCUAUAUUAAAGUGUAGCCUUUUAAAAAACAAAAAGUGUUGUAUAUGCAUGAAUGUAAUCUUUGUACACCAUUUGUAAUAAUUUUAUUGUAAAUUAAUACUGGUGUAUGUACCCUUGCAACAUGUAAGAAGUGUAUUUGUAUGGGAUCAGACUCAUCCUUUGUGAUGAUAUUUGUAUAGAAAAUACUAUAUAGUUGGGUUGUUGGUGCACUGUUGCCUUUUAUAUUGUUGAUUUCAUGGUGUGCUCAAAAUAAUAAAAUGUUAAUGAGAUUGAUAUAAACUACAA